UCGUCGUCAGUCGUCAGUUUGCUUGAGUUUGUUGUCUCCGCCACAUCGGUUAUUCUGACUAGUUUUCUAGAGCUUGAGAUUUUGUAUUUAAUUCCUUUUAGUGCAUAAAUAUAUCAUAUAGCUGAUCAAAAUGGGGAAAGGAUUUAAUAAUUAUAUGUGUAAAAAAUUCUUCCAUCCAGCAUCCAGGGAUAAUUUAAAGAGGGUAUGGAUGGCCGAACAAAAAGCUGAAGCGUAUAAAAAGAAACAAGAAGAACUUAGACAACAGUAUGAAAAAGAACAAGAUUUGCAUGACAACAAAGCCAUGUUAAGUAAAGAGAGCAAGGAUAAAUUGGCUGUCAACUUUAUGUAUGAACCACCACCAGGCGCUCGUAAGGAAAGAGAAAAGGAAGAUGAUGAACCGGAAUAUAAAUUCGAGUGGCAAAGAAAAUAUAAUGCUCCAAGAGAAAGCUAUUGUAAAGGAGACCAAGAAAUUAGAGAUCAGCCGUUUGGCAUUCAAGUACGUAACGUACGGUGCAUAAAAUGUCACAAAUGGGGCCAUAUCAAUACAGAUAAAGAAUGUCCAAUGUACAGUUUAUCGAUGAGUGCGGCAAGGUCACUGGAAAGUGCCUCAAUUCUCGAUCAAAAGUCGUUGGUGGCCCAAAUGCUUGAAGAUGGGCUAGCUUUGAAGAAACAACACGUUAAUUCAGUGGACGCCAAUAAACAUUUGCUUGUUAGUGAAGAUGAGGCAGAAAACGAUGAAGUCCAGUUCCUGAAUUCACUAACAAAAAAGCAGAAGAAGGCAUUAUUGAAAAAACUGGAAAAGAUAGAAAAAAAGGAACGCAAGGCAGAGAAACAAAGUACAAAAAGGAAACAUUAUAACAGCAGUGAUGAAAGUAGCGACGAAGAGAGUUCACAUAAGAAAAGACCUAAAAAUUUCAAGCAAGAUCCUGAUCAGUCUGCAGAUAGGAGGAGGCAUAGAGAUUCCAGCAGAGAUAGAAGCAAAAAGAAUAAAGACAGAUCAGGAUAUAGGAAGGAUGAUAAAUAUUCUGAUAGAAAGUCAUCCAAUAAAGGAGAAUACCGAAAGAGAACAACCAGUGAAUCUGAGUCUGGGAGGUAUAGAAAGUAGAUUCGAGAUUAGAAAUCUAUUGUAAAUAAAUAUAUUUCAUAUAUUAUGUAUUCUUUAAAUAUAGAUUUUUCUGAAUAAAUUGUUUUCAAGCCUUA